UUUUAUUCUGUUUCCAGGUUUGGGAGGAAGAUUGUUUUGUUUGGAUCUAUGGGGGUACAGAUUUUAUUCAAUCUUCUUAUCACAUUGUCACCCAGCUGGGAAAUCUUCUGCCUGAUUAAUUUCUUAAGAGGCAUCGGCGAGGUUUCAUACUAUGUGACUGCGUUUGUGCUUGGAUCUGAAAUUCUACAGAAAUCUAUUCGGGUUACAUACUCUACACUUGGAAUUGGCUGUUUUUAUGCCGUGGGAUACAUGAUGCUGCCUUUUAUUGCCUAUUUCGUGAGAGGAUGGAGAAUGUUGAUAUUGAUCCUGAGCCUGAUCUGUUUGCUGUACAUUCCUUUGUGGUGGUUUAUUCCUGAAUCUCCACGCUGGCUACUGUCCAAGGGAAGGGUAAAGGAAGCUGAAACAAUAAUUCGAUUCAUGGCAAAGAAAAAUGGCAUCACUCCACCACCAGUACUUUUCACUGACGAUGAGCUUGAAAAUAUACAGAAUAAACAAGUAAAAUCUGUUCCAGUUACUCAAUUGAUAAAAUCUCGCAAUAUCCUAGUCAUCACAGUCAUUACCGCACUCAUAUGGAUGAUUAUAGCAAUUGGAUACUAUGGUCUGUCUCUGAACAUCCCCAAUCUUCAUGGCAACGACUAUCUGAAUUGUUUCCUCUUUGGUGCCAUUGAGAUUCCGAGUUGUAUCGCAUCCUGGCUUCUCCUCCGGAAAUGUCCACGCAGGUUCAGCCAUGCAGGCAUUCUUGUUCUGAGUGGAGGUGUUCUGCUCUUCAUGAACCUCAUACCAUCAAAUCUUUCAAUACUUUCUACAGUGCUGGUGUUAAUUGGAAAAAUGGGAAACGCAUGGGCUUAUUGCAUGGUUUAUGUCUACUCCUCCGAACUGUAUCCAACCCCAUUGAGAAACACAGGUGUUGGAGUGAGUUCAAUGGCUUCCAGAACUGGCAGCAUUAUUUCUCCUUACAUUGUUUUACUUGGUAGUUAUCAAGAGAUCCUGCCGUUUAUUGUGAUGGGGGUGUUGAUGGUGUUCUCAGGAAUUGUGGUCUUGUUUCUGCCAGAAACGUUCAAUAUUCCUCUUCCAGAUACAAUUGACCAAAUGCAAAAAGUUAAAUGGUGCAAAUGUUCUCACUCUGAUUCAACUCAAACCAGAGAAAACAAUGUGGUGAUUUUAAAAGAGGAAAUGCUUUGAGCACAGAUCUUCACCAGCAGCCAAGCGACUGAGGAAUUCAUUGCCGUUUGGGUCAGGCUCCAACUCUUCAGGAGUGGCAACUCCAAAAGUGGCAACUUCUUCUGUUGAUCCAGAAAGAAACUGAUACCUGGAGAUCACAGUGAAAUGAUCAGAUCUCCUGCAGGGAAUAGGAUUUGAAGUUUCUACCAAAGUUUCACAAAACCAAAUUACUGGACCCUUUCUCUAAGAUAUUGUUUUAAAAAAAGACAUGCACUUUUUAUGUAUUUCUUCCAUCCGAUUGCAUUAUAUUCCUUGGAUAUUUUCCUCUUUGUAGAGCAAUUUAUUAAAUGCUAUGAACCAAUCCUUGACAUCUACCCAGUGUGAUGGUUUCCUACAGUCAAUGCUUUCUGUGAUCAACUCUUGUUUCUGUUUCAUUCCUCCUGUUUUGGUUCAAACUCCUCUCCUGCUUUGAAACAGUUUGAAACAGGUCAUUAUAUUAGGUGCUUUCUUUCAAUUAUCCAUUUAUUGAAUGUGGAACUUGUUGACAUUAGACCAUAGAUGUAUAGCACAGAAACAGGCCCUUCAGCCCACAAUCUCCAUUGCAAACAAGUUAAACUAAUCUCUUCUGCCUGCACGUGAUCCAUAACCCUCCAUCCCCUGCAUAUGCAUGUGCUUAUCUAAAAGCCUCUUAAAUGCCACUAUCCUCUCUACCCCCACAACUACCCUCAGCAGCACAUUCCGGGCACCCACUGCUCUGUGUAAAAUAAUACUUGCCUC